AUGGCAGAUCCCACUGAUCUGAACCUGGAUGCGCCGAGCGACCUUCAAGAUAUCCCGGAGAUGUCCAUGCAAUUGCUCCCGCCGCCGGAAGGAACGUAUCCCGACAAAGCGACUUUACUGGCAGCCGUGUCGGCCCACGGCAAAGCACAUGGGUACAACAUCGUAGUCAAGUCGUCGAGUACGCCGACGGAAAAGAAACCGGGGCGGACUGCCAAGGUCUGGCUGCGGUGUGAUCGCGGUGGCCAUUACCGUCCACGGAAUGGUCUCACGGAGGAGACCAGGAAGCGACGGCGGACGUCGCGGCUGAUGGACUGCCCGUUUAUGCUAGUUGCAGCUGGAACUCCUGGCAUUUGGACGUUGACGGUGCUGAACCCCACGCACAACCACGGCCCGAUUGUCGAGAAACCCCGACAGCUCCCUCACCACAAGGUCCGCAAGGGUCAGAUCGCGGCGGUGCCGUACGAUUGGCCGCACGAUGCCACCCUGACCCCCUAUACCACGGCGUUAGUAAUCAUCGACAUGCAAAAGGACUUCUGCUCACCAGGUGGAUACAUGGAGUACCAGGGCUAUGACAUCUCCGCGAAUCAGGCGCUGAUUCCGAAACUUCAGCAUCUGCUGAAUACUUUCCGGGCGGCGGGGUUUCCCAUCUACCACACCCGAGAAGGCCAUCGCCCUGAUCUGUCGACGCUGUCUAGCAGAGAGACCUACCGAUCUCGGAAUAAUGCCUCCGGACUGGGGAUCGGCUCGCCGGGUCCGCUGGGCCGUCUCCUGAUUCGCGGGGAAGUCGGCCACGACACAGUGGACGAACUGUAUCCGAUCCCCGGGGAGCCCGUGAUCGACAAGCCUGGGAAGGGCGCGUUCGCGCAUACGGAUUUCGAGCUCAUCCUUCGAAACCGUGGGAUCAAGAACCUGGUGAUCGCCGGGGUGACGACCGACGUGUGCGUGGCAACGACCAUGCGUGAGGCCAACGACCGCGGCUUUGACUGUGUGGUUCUCGAGGAUGGCACGGCGGCCAGCGAGCCCUCGCUGCAUGUGAGCACGAUCGAGUCGGUGAAGAUGGAGGGGGGGAUCUUUGGGGCGGUCACCAAGCUGGAGGAUGUAGUGCAUGCGGUGGAGAACUUCAAGGCUGUGACUGUGAAGAAGCUGGCUCCACAGAUGGCCGUUUAG